CACACACACACACAUUUACAGGUGUUUUUUUUUUUUUUCAAAUACAAUAUCAGCUUUACAGAGGCUUAGAACGAAUGUCUCCGCUUUCCUUCCUCUGCAUUAAGGUGUCACGCAACAGGCUGCAGAGAAAGGCACCUCGCGCGCGCAAAAGGGUGUCGCGCGCGCGCACAAAGGCACCACGCGCAUGCAAAAGGGAAGUGGAGAAUCAGCGCGCGAUAACAGUUUUUAUGCGCUUGGAUUUUUGGUACUAAUGUGACGCCAUAGUAUGCCCACUGCCACCUGUGAGUGCGCCUCCGCUGCAGACUGAGGAUGAAGAAGCAGAAUGUCCGGACCCUGUCGCUCAUCCUCUGCAUGCUGUCCUACUUGCUGGUGGGCGCCGCCGUCUUCGACGCGCUGGAGUCGGAGACGGAGAGCUCCCGCAGGCGCAUCUUGGUGCAGAAGCGCAACGAGAUGAAGAAGAAGUACCGCUUCUCCGAGGAGGACUACCGCGAGAUAGAGCGGGUGGUUCUGCAAGCUGAGCCCCAUCGCGCCGGGAGACAGUGGAAAUUUGCUGGUUCUUUUUACUUUGCAAUUACAGUCAUCACCACUAUUGGGUAUGGCCAUGCAGCACCGGGCACAGACGCAGGAAAGGUGUUCUGCAUGUUCUACGCAGUACGCAUUCCUUUGACUUUGGUCAUGUUCCAGAGCCUGGGAGAGAGGAUGAACACAUUUGUUCGCUACCUCCUCCAUAAGACCAAGCAGUGUUUGGGUCUUAAGCUCACUGAUGUGUCAAUGGAGAACAUGGUUCUCGUGGGCUUCCUGUCCUGUAUUGGAACACUCUGUGUGGGGGCCGCAGCCUUCUCCCACUUUGAGGGAUGGAGCUUCUUCCAUGCCUAUUACUACUGCUUCAUCACACUCACCACUAUUGGCUUCGGUGACUUUGUGGCCCUGCAGAAGAAGGAGGACCUCCAGGAGAAAACCCCUUAUGUGGUUUUCAGCUUCAUGUACAUCCUGGUGGGGCUUACAGUCAUUGCCUUCCUGAAUCUGGUAGUGCUUCGUUUCCUCACCAUGAACAGUGAAGAUGAGAAGAGAGAUGCUCGAAGGGCAUCAUUAAAGAGAGACAGGGGCCUUUUGGACGGGGCCCAGGGUCUUCAUGUCGUGGGCGAUCACAGUAGAAACGACCGUAGGGAGAGGAACAGGCACAACAUCGGCAACAGCCUCAACCAGAGUCCGCUCUUCGUCCGGAUGGAAGAAGGAACUAGCCGCACCAACCUUAUUGUGUCUUCAGCAGAGGACCAUGAGAGGGAGAACCCCUGCAGACACAGAUUGCAUUUUCAAGUGACGUCAGAUCAGCGUAAGGCAGAGUCAAGCCUGAGCUCGCUGUGUUCCUGUGUGUGUUACCGCCUGGGUAUUUGUGAUAGUCCUCUCAUGGCCCACAGCCAACACAAAGGCUGUCACGGUGGUUCUGUUUACUACAACUCUGUUUCCUAUAGGAUUCACAGCAGCUCCCCAGGCUCCAGGGACAAUACCGGGCUCUCCUCCCCUGGAAGUGCACACUCACCAGGGCUUAGCUUCCACCAAUUUUAUCGUUCAAGGAGAAAGUCAGUGUGAAAGCCAGACAGGUCUGCUUUGCAGUUUUUCCUUUUUCGAAAUUUGUAUUUCUUUUGGGAACGUUUGGCAUAGAAUAUUUUUUGUAAAGAGAUGCUGAGGUCCCAACACAAUUACAUAAGCUGCUGCUUUCCUUGCACGUUGCUCAAGUGUAUGCUGAAUUGAAUGUAAAGCACACAAUGCGGAGAGAUUUUAGUUUAUGUCAGACAUACGAUGUCUUUUAAUACAUGUUUUUAAAUGAAGGAUGUCCAGACAGUGCUUCCCAAUAACUGUAUUGCUGUUCUGUGAAAUAAGUGAUUGAUCCACAGUGAUUCUUGCACCUGCUUUUGUCUAACCUGCAUUCACUUAUAGGUCACACGUUGCUUUCACUAUUUAAUGAGAUUCAAGAGUGUAAAAAGAAAUAAUGCUCAACAAUUAUUGAAAUUGUCAGAGGUAUUCAUUCAACAAUUUCUUUAUUAGUAUGAUUGUAGUUUGCAGCUGUACAAAACUGUUCAGCAUUAUCACUGAUGAUGGACGAGUGAUAGUUUUGCUUUAUGUCAAAAAUUUGCAUGUUCUUCCCACGUGUUUCUAAUAUUCGUACUUUUUUGUUUGUCUGUGAGUUAGUUAGUUAGCUCAAAAAGUUAUUGGCAGAUUUUGAAAUUUUCAAAAAGAAUAAUGAACAAGUGAUAAGAUUUUGGGGCUAUGUUACCUUACAUUUCCUUUACAAGGCUAAACAUCAGUGUGUAUGCUAGCAGCUCCACCGCCACCCACAGGGACAAAGAGAGUGGAGGACUAACAAGACGGU